GCGGGUUUCCCUGGGCUACAGGCGGCGCCGUCGCCGCUGGUCCGCCGCCCUGCGCCAUGGCGGGCUGCGCGGCGCGGGCUCCGCCGGGCUCCGAGGCGCGUCUCAGCCUCGCCACCUUCCUGCUGGGCGCCUCCGUGCUCGCGCUGCCGCUGCUCACGCGCGCCGGCCUGCAGGGCCGCACCGGGCUGGCGCUCUACGUGGCCGGGCUCAACGCGCUGCUGCUGCUGCUCUACCGACCGCCGCGCUACCAGAUAGCCAUUCGGGCUUGCUUUCUUGGCUUCGUGUUCGGCUGCGGCAUGCUGCUUAGUUUUAGCCAGUCUUCUUGGAAUCACUUUGGCUGGUAUAUGUGCUCACUGUCAUUGUUCCACUAUUCUGAAUACUUAGUCACAGCCGUCAAUAAUCCCAAAAGCCUGUCCUUGGAUUCCUUUCUCCUCAAUCACAGUCUGGAGUACACCGUAGCUGCUCUUUCUUCUUGGAUCGAGUUCACACUUGAAAAUAUCUUCUGGCCAGAACUGAAGCAGAUCACCUGGCUGAGUGCCACGGGCCUGCUGAUGGUCAUCUUUGGAGAAUGUCUGCGGAAGGCGGCGAUGUUCACAGCGGGCUCCAACUUCAACCACGUGGUGCAGAACGAAAAAUCAGAAACCCAUACUCUGGUGACAAGCGGCGUGUACGCCUGGUUCCGGCACCCUUCUUACGUGGGGUGGUUUUACUGGAGCAUCGGGACCCAGGUGAUGCUGUGCAACCCAAUCUGUGGCGUCGGCUACGCUCUGACUGUGUGGCGCUUCUUCCGCGAUCGCACAGAGGAGGAGGAAAUCUCACUCAUCCACUUUUUCGGCGAGGAGUACCUGGAGUACAAGAAGCGGGUGCCCACAGGCCUGCCUUUUAUAAAAGGGGUCAAGGUGGAACUAUGACACGCUGGGGGCUGCGGGGCCCCCCGCCCCGUGCAGCCCGGGACAAGGUGGCCUCUGGUCGGCCUCGCUGCAGAAUGAAUUUUCCUAAUCAUUUUCUAUGUCGCCACUUACUCUUCUGGAAUAUCACUCGAGACCCAAUGGUCAGGAGGCCUUAGGACCAAAGGACCGCCCCUCCCCCGCAGCUUCCUGGAGCGAUCUGUUCUCGGGGUGCAUCAAGACAGGGUGCGGAUGAAAGAUGGACAAGGAGCAAGUAACAGCAAUAUUCAGCAGCGCCGCCCGGAGUGCGCCGGGGCGAGCGCAGGCCACCUGCUGUCCCUCGAGGCCACCUUGCGUUUAUGCCGUAGUCAAGACCCCUCGGGAGAGGCGGACUCGUUCCUCCGAACGAGGCUGAGGCUCCUCCAGCAGGAAGGGGUACGUGGGCACCAGUGCUUUUUAGAGUUAGAAAUACCCUGAAAACGUUUCCUUAACCGAAAAACAGCACAGCUUCGACCUCCUUAUUUCUGUCCUUAGUGCACGAGCAUCUAUACAGUUUCAGAGACACUUCCUUACCUUCCUUCUAAGGCACUUUGCUCUUCAUAUAUUUAAUCAUAUUUACAGAUCUAUGUUUUAUAGGUAGCAGUAUAAGUUCAAAGGGGACUCUGUUGAUAGCCCCACGUUGUAUUUGGCAGAAAGGAAGCGUCGAUGUGCAGCCAGUGUGGCUGAGCGGCGUUGUGGUGCCAGGGAGCCCAGGCCCUGUGGUUUCUGGGCUCCUGGCUCCCGCCCUUCUCCCAGGCGGGGGCUGUUACCAGUGAUGGGCGUGUCCAAGACGUAUCCUUUGUCCUUUAUCCAAGAAAUGCUUGCUGGACACCUGCUCUGUGCAAGGCGUUGUUAAAUGCUGAGAAGUACUGCUCUUCAUGUAUUUGGGAUUUUAUUCUUAUUUUACCGUAGCGUAUAGUUUUGUGUUUUGAUUUAAAUCUAUUAACUAUUGAUUUCUAUGUUCUGUUCUCAAAAUUUCAUCGUCCAUUUCAAACUGUCUUCCAGAGAGGUCUGAGAGCACACACAGCUACAAAAUUCAAGUCGACUCAUGAAAGUCUUAAAUAGAGCAACUAAUCCCAACUGAGAUUUAGUCAUAUUUUUGUUUUUCGAGUUCAGGGAGAGUGCUUGGCUUUCUGAGUCAAACAUAUAAACUUUGAAGACCCUGGUUUAAUUCCGGACUGGACAGGAACUUGGUCUCAGUGUGAGAUCCUUCCGUGCAGUUCUCUGGUGGCGCCAGGACGCGGGGACGUGAAGGCGCGGAGCCCCGGCUGGAGCACAGCCCUACCGCCACGCCACGCCACGCCACGCCACAUGGCUUCCAAGGAGCCACCUGCCUUUCUGUGCCUAGACCUCCCCGUCCAUAAAAGGGGGUCAAUACCACCUACCUCACAGGGGUGUUGUGAAGACUUAGAAGAACAACGUCAAACAUUUUUGAUACUUAGGUGCGAGAUAACAUGAAUGGAAUCCGUACUGUGUAUGAGCUACACAGAAAUGGACAUUUGGUUAACUGUGCCAGACGCCGGACAUGUGUGUUCAAAAGAGCAUUUUACCAAUUGAAAAUGGUAUUAAUUUCUAGAAUUCAUGGCCUAAUUAACUUUUUUGUUAUUAUGUAUACCAAA